UACACAAGUGACAGGAAAGACGUUCGAAGUAUGUGUACAGUAGUUGAAGGCGAAAGUCGGAAAUAAACGAUGAGGAAUUCAUGUAGAUAUCAGUGAACUGGAUCAUAUUCUCUGGGCACCAUGCACCCUUUUGGUCGUGAAGAGGAGAGCUCGAGACAGGAGCUCUACGGCUUCUUCAGGCUCUGUCUGCAGCGCGGGGAGUGGGAAUUAGCGGGCGCUUGUGUACAGCAGCUCGAAGCUGCUUGCGACUUGCCCCAUAGUCCGCGAGACAUUGUCAAAGCCAUCGUCACGCAUCCUUACCCACUCGUAUGGGACACAGUAGGAAGCCCUCACAGACUGGCUUGGUACUGGCUGCAAGUCUUGGAGAGAUGUACAGAUGAGAAGGUUCACGUGUCUGUGAAAAGAGAACUGGAGUUCUUGCUGCUUCUAGAGGAACUCGGGGAUGAGACGUCAGAGACUGUGCUAAAGGAGCUCCACCAGGCAUUUCUAAACUCUCAGCUGGAGGAUAAGAGGACUUCAGGGGUCUCUGAGUCUCCCCUCAGUGCUGGUGUGAAGUCUUGCUUGCUGUCUCUGCUAGCUCAGCGUAAACCUCGACUGGCUCACACUCUCAUUACCUUCUUACAACACAGCCCCGGAUCCAUCAACAGCGCGAGGGACUACGCCUUACAGGAUACUUUCAUCCAACACCUCAUGGACAAAGUGAAUCAGUUUACAGAGGAAAAGAGAGAUGGAUGGGCAGAAGAAGUGUGUAUGGCACUGGCUCUGAUGCCCUGGGGGCCAGAGAGGUCUGGGGCCCAGCUGGAGGCCCUCUGGGAUGGCCUGUGGAGGACCAGGGAUGGGCCCCUUUCAGAGGAGAGGAUUCUUGGCUGUCUGUUGAGACCUCAGGGUCAGACGCUGCUCUCUCUCUACUGCUCCACUGCACUUAAGUUACUCCGAGACCAGCUGCUCAGAGAGGCUCUACACACACAGGUGGACUUGCCAGAAGCGGAAAGGGUAAUGCUAGGGUUGUGUUGUCAUAGUGACAGACCCUCGGCUUGGAAAGCAAUCUACUUUGAUUGUCUGAGCAAUAGCAAACACUUUCUGGAGCAGGUCUUGGUGACAGGACUGGACCUCAUUAAGAAUGAGGAAUUUUCCAGCCUUGAGGCAUUACUGAAGUCAGAGUUUCAGCCACUGUCCCGCCUCUUGCUGUUGCUUGGUUGGAAACAGUGUCAGAGCAUUGACUCGGCUCAGACGUUGCUUAGAAUACUGCACCAGCAACAGGCUGAGGCCAGUGACACUGUUCUGAGUGAGUUUGCCAGUGGUAUCUCCUCUCAACUGGGAGUGUUGGAAUGGUGUGCCAAAAACAACCCAGGGAUAUCCCAGGAGGCUCUGCUUUCUCAGCUGCAUACUGUAGAUCACCACUCUGCUCUGUACAUACUGCACUCUCUCACUCCUCUCGCCCAGUAUGAAGAACGUAGGGUGGUGGAGCUACUCCAGGGACUGCCAAAGUCCUCAGAACCAGGUGAUCCUGAGGUUGUUGAAAUACAUACGGGGACUGUGCAACGCAACGUGACCCUGUUCCAGGGUUUCUGUGCUAUGAAGUAUGCCCUCUAUGCCUUGUGUGUGAAAGCACAUGCACACACACAAUGCUCAGUGUGCAAUACAUUGCCAUGGAAACCACAGUCUGAGGUGGACCAGAGUCAGGAAGCAGAGCAGUCUGAAGGGCCAGUUGAGAGGUUCCACCACUUUCUGUCUGAGUGCCAGCUCUACUUGGAAGCAGUCCCUGCCAUCUUCCGCCUGGAGCUCAUGGAGAACAUCUUCUCGCUCCUCUUCCUCUCCAACUCUGACUUCAUCCAGCCAGACCGAACUGGUACCAAUGCAGACCCUUCCACACCCCAAACAGCUGACCCCAACACUACAGAUGCCAAAUUUAAGACAGAAGAUGAGCAAAAACAUGAGGAGAAUAAUGAGAGUGUGAGGGAGAGGAUAGAGGGGAAAAGUCAGACCGCGCUCAAGCCUGACCUGGGUAAACUGGACCUGAGCCAUCUGACCCAGGGUUAUAAGGGCUUUCUGGUGGACGUACAAGUGAUGGAGGGGUUCCUGCGUCUGCUGAGACAGGGGUUGGAGGGGGUGAGCGCGCUCGGACAGGGGGAUGGCCGUGCAUUGGCCGCCGAAGCGGAAGUUGCUGAGAGCCUAGGCUGUUCCAUCACCGUGGAGACGUUCAGUACACGUUUGCAGAGGCUGUCCAAUCGCACAGCUGAGGCACAGUGGAGGCUGCAGAUCAUUUCCAGUAACCGUGGUAACAAGAGCAACGUGGAUGGCCUGUAUCUACCUUCCCCUGUGGCCAGUCCAGCUCUGUCUCUAAAAAGCAGCAGUAGCAGUGGCGGUUCUGGAGUUAGGAGGAAGAAGAGGUCUUUUCGCCAUCACUCUGAACGUCUCAUCACCUCUGAACGCCAGAACGGAGAGGUCAGCACCAGUGCCUCCGAUGGAGGUGGAGGGACGGUCGCGGGGGGUUUGGAACGUGAGGUCUGUCCUUGUGGUGGUCCACAUACCUGGCUGGUUCCGGCCAUGCUCUCCCCUCCGGAGUCCCUGCUGGUCUCUUGCAUACGUCGUGGCAACGUCAUAGAGGCGCACCAAGUGAUGCUGAUGUUUGGUUUGGAGAACACAGCCUGUUCUGGAGAGUUGGUUUUUAUGGAACUUUACCGGGAGGUUCUGCAGGAGCUGGCUCAGGUGGAGCAUAAGAUUGAGAGUCAGUCACUGUCUUCAUCAUCCUCAUCCUCAGAAGGUCUGGGGGCCGUGGGUGUUACUGGGCCUGGGAGGACUCGCCUAGGAAGCAGCAGCCGCUCGACCUUGCAGAAUAUUGGUUCUGCAGCCGCUGCAGGCAUGGCGUUCUACUCCAUAUCUGACGUGGCUGACCGACUCCUCAGCACCCCUGCUCGCCCCUUACCUUGCCUAGAGGAGGACUAUUGGCUCUCCCGUGGCUUACCUGAUCCUUCAGGCAUCCUGUGCCCGCUUUUGGAGGAGCUGAGCCCAGCUGGUAUGGCGGCAUUUGACCUGGCUUGCUGCCAGUGUCAGCUGUGGAAGACCUCACGCCAGUUAUUGGAGACGGCCGAACGCAGGCUCAGCGGCUCACUGGAGAACAGAGGUCUGAAGGUGGACCCUAAGACUCCUCGCUCUGAGGGAAUCCACGGCUUUCCCUUUGUGCUGCAGCAGAUCAGUAAAAUCCUCAACCGCACGGCUACCGGAAAAGGCCCGGCCAAGACAGAAACAGCAGGGGAGGAUCAUGUCGUGUCCAGGCCGUUUGGCUGUAGUGUUCAGGAGGUGCUGCUCUGCUGUCAUCCCACACUGACUGAGGAGGGCAUUGCCGUUCGCCUCAGCCUGACUCAGCGCCUGGAGGUCACCCUGCAGACUCUGACCUCUGCCACGGAGAGCGUGGGUAAGAAUCGGUCUGGGGGAGCUCUCCUGGCCGCCUUGCUGGAGCAGGCUGGACUGAAGCAGUCUGAACUGGAUUCCCACCCUGUUCGUUCUCAUAUGAAACAGCUCCUGCGCUCCUUGGAUCAACUUUGCCCCUUUGAGCUUGACCCUGCAAACUGCAGGCCCGACUACAUUCGCAGUUUCUUAGACUAUGUCAACAUGCUGGCCUCUGUGCUAGUGCGUAGUCUGGGAUCAGAGGACCAGAAUACUGAAGUGAAGCUUGGGAACCCACUGCUGGUACUGCUGCAGUCUCCCUCUCAACUUCUCUCUCAUCUGCUCUUUGACAGACAGGUGUCUCCAGACAGGGUUAGGACUCUGCUUCAGCAGGAAGGCCUGCAUGUGAGUGUUCAGCAGGUGAUUGUGCAGCGUUGCUGUGAGGCUCUUCCCGUGUGGGGCUCCCGUCACGCGGCUCAGAGCCAGCCCAGGCUCAGCGGGGGUGCCUUCUGCCCGGCCAGCAUAGCUUUCCUUCUCCAGCAGCACGCCCAGGAACACGCCCCCGCCCUGGAGCUCUCCCUGCCCGUCGCAUCCGCCUCCGCCGACCUCAGCUCCGAAUCUGAAGUCUCUGCGGACGAGCUCUCGGCCGCCUCCACUAGCCUGUCUACCUCUCCGCCUUCUCCUUCCUCGUUCUCUUCCUCCUCGUCCUCCGCUAACACCUUCCUUCUCACGUCGUCUGCCCUGGCGUUCCUGAAGUCCCUGUCCCCCCUCUUGGCUGCCUUGGCUUGUCUGAGCGCCAGCCGUGGGGGAACAACGCGGGCGCCCACGUCAGGCUGGCCCGGCCUGCCGUCUUACUUCCGUGGGGGGCGCAAAGAGGCGGUGCUGGAUGCGGAGCAGAUCUCCAGAGAAGGGGAGGCUCUGCUAAAAGACUUCCCUGUCCUGAGGGCUUACCUGCAGGCCAUGGCCGAGCCCGUGCUUGGGUCCUCUGUUGGCCCUGAGGAGGAAAGCGGAGGCCUGGUGGCUUCGCUCUGUGGAAAGCCCUUGGUGGGAAUGGUGUUCUCUGGGCUGCAGGCUGGGUCGGCACAGGCGCUGGCAGUGGAAGCAUUUCAGCAGGCGCUUGACAGUGGGGAUCUGAACCGAACCCUGGUUCUCCUGGAGCUGUAUGGGCAGCAGUGUGGCCAGGAGGGGAUCCUGAGGGACAGGUUACUGGCCUGUGCUGCUCUUGAGGCUGGAGAGAGAGGAUUUGAGCAUUUGUUCCGGGUGCAGGACCCAGACCUGAGAGCUCGCGUGGCACUGCAGGGGUUGGAGAGAUGGCCUCUGGAAUCCUGCCUGGAGCUGUUGCAUUACUGCCUGAGUGACCUUGGCGUGGACGGGACACUGAAGGAGGAGCUACAACAGAAAAAGGAGGAGCUUAGCAUGUAUCACAGGAUGCUGAACUUGCAGCCUCUGUUGCCCGUGGCAACAUGGCAGGAGCUUAGAGAGGAGUCAAACAGGAACCCUGAAUCCAUGCUCUCUCUGAUGCUGGAGGCCAGAGAGUUUGAGCUCUGUUCUCAGUGGGUGCAGUUGUACCCAGUCUCUGAAGAGUCCAGAGUGAAGCUCCAGACCGAGCACCUGCUAUACCUGUUAGGGAAGGGACAGACUGAGGAGGCCUUUCAGCUGCUGGAGGGUCUACCAGACUCACUGGGCCUGGAUGUUAGCGAAUGUGCUCUGGAUCGCCGACCAGGACUGGCUGCGUGCCAUUUCCUGUCUGACUACCUCACAUUACACUUUCAGAGUCAGAUGACCACGGCACGGAGACACCACAUUCAUUCUCUUCAUCUGGGUUCAAAGGUGUUGCUGACUCUGCCAGAGGCUGCUCGACAGGACUACUUCCAUCUGCUCUCUGAGCCCCUGCUCAUGUUAGAGCAGUUAUUAAUGAACCUGAAGGUUGACUGGGUUGAUACAGCUGUCCACACACUCCGGAACCUUCUAGUUGGCCAGGAAGCGGGUUUCACUAACGAUGACAUCGACGCUCUUCUGUCCAAAUACGCCUGCAAGGCUCUGGACUUCCCUUACGCACCCAGAGAGAGAUCUCGAUCUGACUCUGUGAUCAGUUUGCAGGAUGCACUUCUGCAGUGUCCUGCCCAGGACAGUUCCAUCUCCACCCCCAGCCAUACCCCACCCCCCUCAGAAGGCAGUACACCCAUGCACUCCUCGUCCAGUUCUGGGUGGGACAAGGAACGAGGGUCCAGCGCCAAAAGGCUAAGCUACCCGGCCACGCCCUUCACUCCUCCAGAGAAGACGCCCGAACGCAAAGACUGGAUCCCAGACCACAAACAACAUAUCUGUAUGGUCUGCCAAAAAGAGAGGUUCACCAUGUUUAACAGGAGGCAUCACUGCCGGAGGUGUGGCAGGCUGGUAUGUCACACCUGCUCCAGCAGGAGGAUGGUGUUAGAUGCCGGUAAUCCAGAAUCUGUGAGAGUGUGUGACCAGUGCUUCAACUUCUUAAACCCAAACUCAGAUGAGGAGCUGGAACAAGCUGAAGUAGCUGGCAGCCCUGUUUCUCUUGACGGAGCGAUGGACGGACUUCUCAGCCUACCUGAGAUAACACAGCGCCAGUACCGACUCAGCACAAACCCAGAGGAAAACCAACUGUUGCAGAGCGAGUUUUACUACGAACAGGCUCCAAGUGCCUCCCUCUGCGUGGCUAUCCUUAACCUUCACAGCGAUCAGACAGCCUGUGGGCACCAGCUGAUUGGCCACUGCCGCUCCCUUUCCCGCAAACUGACCAAUCCUGAGGUGGAUGCCCGCCUACUGACAGACGUCAUGCAUCAGCUGCUCAUCAGUGCCAAGCUCAUGUUUGUGAAGGUGGGACGCAGCCAGGACCUGGUGCUGUGUGACAGCUUCAUCAGUAAAGUGGAUGUGCUGAAGAUUUUAGUCACUGCUAACUAUAAGUACAUCCCCUCACUGGAUGACAUCCUUGAGACUACGGCCGUCACGCGGCUCCGUAACCAGCUGCUGGAGGCUGAGUACUACCGCCUGGCCGUGGAGGUGUCCACUAAGAGCAGUCUGGAUGCCAGUGUGGUGUGGCAUGCCUGGGGCAUGGCCUCUCUGAAGGCAGGCUGUCUCAGUGGGGCCCGUGAGAAGUUUGCACGCUGCUUAAAAGCUCCAGUGGACCGCAACCAUCUCAAACAGGGACCUCGGCUAUUACAGGAGAUCGUCCAGCAUCUGGAGUCCACUGUUCGACCCACACACACCACGCAGGUCGACGAGGACGUGCUGGCGUCUCUCAGGGAGCUGGAGGAGGCUCUGGCCGAGCAGGUUCCCGUGGAGCGGCCCGAGAGUCGCACGCAGCGCCACGCCCAUUACCAGGAGUGUCUGUACUACCUUCACGCCUAUGGCACACACCUUGCCCUCAUCAGCUUCCACAUGCGCCAUGAAUGCAUCAAGGAGGCCCUCACACACCUGCUCAGCAAGGAGUGUCCAGAGGAGGUGUUCCUGGAGGGGGUGCUGCAGCCGUGUUUGGAGCGGGGUCGGCUCGGGAAUCUCCAGAGUCAGAUGGAGAGCCUGGACCCGUCUCUGGAGAGCUGGGGCCGUUACCUCAUGGCUGCCUGCCAACUCCUACAACGCCGUGGGCAUUUUCACACCCUCUACCAGUUGCAGCAGUUCAUGAUGGACCAUGUCCGUGCUGCUAUGACAUGUAUCAGAUUCUUCACACAUGGGGCUCAGUCAUACCUGCAGUUGGGGGACCAGCAGCGCUGGCUGGUCAGGGCCAAGGAGCAUCUGAGAACCUAUCUACAGGAGCAGCAGAGCAGAGGAGCCGCACGCAAAAAAUCCUCCACUUCUGCUUUUAGGAAGAAAAUGACCUCCAGCGAAGUGUCAAGGCACAUCAACACCAUCGAGCUGCAGCUGGAAGUCACACGUUUUUUGCACCGUUGUGAGAGUUCCUCUCCCUCCAAGACAGCUGUUACCCCUACUGCCACAAGCACCACUUCUCCCCCUACUCUGUUUUUGAAUAGUGCUAUGAAGGUGGAUGUGGCUUGUAAGGUGAUGCUAGGGGGUAAGAACAUUGAAGAGGGAUUUGGCAUUGCCUAUAGGGUCAUACAGGAUUUCCAGUUGGAAGCGUUGGCUGUGUAUAAGCGUGUGGGGCAGAGGUUGGUACGGCAGCGACAGUACCAAGCUGUGCGCCAACUGUUAAAGUGCGUGGGCGAGUCAGGCAGUGCCACCAAGAACGACUGCGAUGCCAUCGUCCUCAGCUGUGUCUCCACUGCUGACAAGGGCCCUGGUGAUGCCAGAGACCUGGAGAGUCUGAUUCUGGAGAUCAAAAGCCCAGAGAACAAGAUAAAGGCGUAUUUGCAGUGCAGUAAACUCAGGUCAGCGUACCUCUUGGCUGUGAAACUGGAGGUGGCUCGGGCGGGUCCGCUGGUACAGGAAGUCCUUCAGGCCGCAGAGAGCUCCGGCGACUCCGUCAUGCAGGACAUCUGCCGUCAGUGGCUGUCCGAGCACCAGGACCCGGCGCCGCGGCAACGGCAGGCUCGCAGCAACCCCAGAUAA